UUUUGCUUACAGGAAAUGGAGAGGGACAGUGUAAAGGAGGUGGCAAGGGGAGGAGAAGAGAGCGAAGCAGGCAGGGCAGGCAGCAGGGUGAUCCUGGGCACACCGAGCCGUGCCCACCUCCUGUGCCCCUGCGCUGUUGCUGAGCAGUGCUGCACAGAGCCGGGCACCUGCAUCCUUCUGCACAUGGAGCACGUCCUCCUGGGCUGGGUGCUGCUGCUCGGCACCUGGACUGGUGCAUCGGCUGCCAGCAGCAAGAACUGGUUGAUCAAGGAUGUGGCGAUGGACAUGGCCAACAACUCCUUUGAUGACCAGUACCAGGGCUGCAUCGACUUGAUGGAAGCUGAGCUGCCGGAGCUGAACAGCACCGAGUUCUCCAACAAAAUCUACGCUGAGGGCUGGCGUUCUGCCACCGAGUUGUGGCAGAGCCGGUCAGAUAAUGCCACCAGCCCAGUGGUGCUGGGACAGGAUCAGGCCAUAGCCGUGCUGGCGUAUACGAUGGAGGGGGAUCUGUACCGCGUGUUCAACAACGCCACGCUCACGGCUGGGCGCUCCAGGCAGCACUACCUGAGCUCCUACCCCUUCAAGACGCUGCAUUUCCUCCUGAGCAGAGCCCUGCAGAUCCUGCGGGAAUCCCAGCCCCAGCAAUGCUACAACGUCUACCGCGGCGUCAAGGGCAUCCGAUUCACGGCACAGCAAGGCCAGGUGGUCCGCUUCGGCCAGUUCACAUCCUCCUCCUUAAAAGAGAAAGUCGCUGAAGGGUUUGCCCAGGGCACAUUCUACUGGGUGGAAACCUGCUACGGUGUGCCCAUCAAGGAAUUCUCCGCAUACCCCUAUGAGGACGAAGUCCUCAUCCCACCCUGUGAGCAGUUUGAGGUCACCAGCGUCACCUACAAGAACGGCAGAAGUGAAAUCCAUCUCCGCUCCCAGGGGAAUAGCAGCACCUACAACUGCGAGUUCGUGAAGGGCCGGAGCAGCCCCAUGGAAUCCCCACACCUCUGGCUGCUCAUCCUGGCAGCCGCAGCCCUGGCAGCCGUGGGAGAGUCCUGACCUCCACACCAUCCCUCCACGUGGACAGGAGAGCAGCAACAUGCCAACACAUCUCAUGGAAACUGCAGAUCCUGCUCUCCUGCUCCUGAUCCUUUCGGUGCUGCUGUUGGAUGUGGAACAGCAGCGGAUAACGGUCCACAGCUCUUCCAGAAAAAUGAAACCAGUGCUUUUA